UUUCAAUUGUUUUUUGGAAUUAUGAUAUAGCUACCUGUAUAUAAGCGUAUAGAAAAUCUAAUUCAGCUUAUAAGAACCACAAUGUUACAAAUAGUGUUUCUAUUUUGUUCCUUUACUGUAGUUUGGUGUGGUUUUAUAAGUGUACCUUUAUAUCGAGAUCCAAUUUCAAGUACAUUAUUGAUACCAAAUGCCACAGGACGCCUCAGAACUCGUUAUGGAGAAACCUCUGUACGAUUGACAAAUUUCCUUAAUGCGCAAUACUAUGGACCCAUAUCUAUUGGCACACCUCCUCAGGCAUUUAAUGUGAUUUUCGACACAGGUUCGUCAAACCUUUGGGUUCCAUCGGCAGAGUGUCAUUAUACAAAUGCAGCCUGUAAGACACACAAAAAAUUUGAUUCAUCUAAGUCGAGCACGUAUGAAAGAAAUGGUACACUAUUUGCAAUCUUGUAUGGAACAGGAAGCGUUGGUGGAUUUUUAUCAAAAGAUACAUUAAAAAUUGGUCAAAUAAGUAUAAAAAGACAGACGUUUGGUGAAGCCAUAGUUCAACCGGGGAAUACCUUCGUUGCAGCAAAAUUUGAUGGAAUAUUGGGAUUAGGAUUUCAAAAUAUUGCAGCAAAAGGAGCAGUACCUCCUGUCUACAAUAUGAUUUCGCAGAAACUUAUUUCACAACCUGUGUUUUCAUUUUACUUAAAUAGAAAUUACAACGAUGGAUCACAAGGUGAAUUGGUAUUUGGCGGUUCUAACCCAAAGCACUACAAAGGCUCCGUAAAUUACGUGCCUGUUUACAAAGAAGGUCACUGGCGAAUAAAAAUGGAUUUUCUUCGACUCGGUUCUAGACCAUUUUGUAGCAGUGGAUGUGAAGCUAUUGUUGAUACAGGAACCAGUUUAAUUGUUGGACCUGCAGCGGACGUUAAGGAUAUCAAUGCAGCCAUUGGGGCAAAACUUGAUUCCCGCAGUGGUCUAUAUAUGGUAGACUGUAAACUAGUUUCGGCAUUGCCUUCAAUAACUUUUGUAUUAAAUAGACGAAGCUAUAUUCUACAAGGAAAUGAUUAUAUCCUUAGGAUUAAAGAAGGUUUGAGGGAAUCGUGCGUGUCUGGAUUUAUGGCUUUGUCCAACAGUGGCCCUACGUGGAUUUUGGGAGACGUUUUCUUAAGGAAGUAUUAUACGAUAUAUGAUUUGGGAAAAAAGCGCGUUGGAUUUGCUGAAGCUGUUUAAAUAUUAUUAUUUAUAGGUAUAGUAACGUCGUUGUUUUCUAAAAUACUUAUAAGUAAAGUGAGUUUAAUUUUGAUUUA